AUGGACUCACAAAUCCUUUGGAGCAUUUGGAAAUGGCAAGUACUUUGUAUUUUGUAUAUGAGCUGCUGGGGAUGGGGAUGGGGACAGCUUCACUACACUGUGAUAGAGGAGUCAGAACCUGGAACUCUAUUAGGGAAUGUGGCUAGUGACCUGGGUUUAUCUAUGAAACAAAUCUCUGAACGGAGGCUACGAUUAGGAUCCGAGGAAAACAGGAGGUAUUUUUCCAUUAAACUAGAAAGUGGAGAUCUGCUUCUAAAUGAAAAGAUAGACAGAGAAAAUCUGUGCUCUUUUAGCUCAAGCUGUUUACUUGCUGUGGAGUUGAUUAUAGAAAGACCAUUAGAGCUGUUUCGUUUGGCUGUUGAAAUUUUGGACAUUAAUGAUAACUCUCCGUAUUUUGUUAACGCUGACCGUGUGGUGAAAAUGGCAGAACUAGCAGCUCCUGGCCUUAGAUUUCCACUAGAGAGUGCAGUUGAUCCAGAUGUUGGAACAAAUGCAGUUCGCUCAUACCAGAUCAGUCAAAGUCAAUAUUUUUCAUUAAAUGUCAAACAAUUAAAAGAUGGAAAACUUUUUCCUGAAUUGGUGUUAGAGAAUGCCUUGGACAGAGAAGAAAUUCGAGAACAUCACCUAAUUUUAAUUGCUGUGGAUGGUGGCCAACCAUCCAAAACUGGAACUACAAAAAUAACUGUUCAAGUUUUGGAUAAUAAUGACAAUCCACCCAUAUUUGAUCAGUCUGUGUACAAAACCAGUUUAAUGGAAAAUAUGCCAUUGUAUACAUUUCUAAUUAAGCUUAAUGCCACUGACUCGGAUGAAGGUUCAAAUAGUGAAAUUGAAUAUUCUUUUGAAGAUCACACAUCCAGCAGAGUGCGUGAACUGUUUAGACUUGACUCAUUUACUGGUGAAAUUUGGGUACAAAGAGAAAUUGAUUUUGAAGAAUCUAGUUUCUAUGAAAUCUAUAUAAGAGCUAAAGAUAAAGGGGUUCCAGUAAUGGAAGGCCAUUGUGUUAUUCAGGUUGAAAUUGAAGAUUCCAAUGAUAAUGCUCCUGAAGUUGUUAUAACUUCUCUUGAAAAAUCAAUUCCAGAAAACACACCCAUUGGAACCGUAGUUGGGAUAUUCAAUGUAAAUGACCGAGAUUCUGGUAAAAAUGGAGAGGUGCAAAUGAAACUACCAUUAGGACUUCCUUUCAAAUUCAAAUCUGUUGAAAACCAUUAUUCUUUAAUCACAGAUUAUAUUUUAGACAGGGAGGUUACAUCACAUUACACUAUCUACUUGGUAGCUGUGGAUCUGGGGUCUCCCCCAAUGUUUACAGAAUUGACAAUAGUCCUUAAUAUAUCAGAUGUCAAUGAUAAUUCACCACAGUUCUCCCACCCAUCUUUCAAUGCAUAUUUACAUGAAAAUAAUGUCCCUGGAGUAUUGCUUUAUACAUUAGAUGCUACAGACGUGGAUGAGGGUGAAAAUGCCAUUCUUAAAUUCUGUAUUUCAGAAACAUUUAUAUCAGGAUCCCCACUAUCUUCAUUUAUAUAUAUCAAUGAAUACACUGGGAAUGUGUAUGCACAGCGAUCUUUUGACUAUGAAGAAACACAACUUUUGGACAUUCCAGUUUGUGUGGAAGAUGGAGGUUCUCCAAAGCAUAGGUCGAAUGCUACUCUAUACAUAUUUAUCUUGGAUCAAAAUGAUAACCAUCCAAUUAUUUUAUAUCCCCUUUUAAUCAAAGAUACAGCUGAGCAUCAAAAAGUCCCACACCCAGUUUCUGCAGGAUGUUUGAUCACCAAAGUAGCUGCUGUAGACCCCGACUCAGGAUACAAUGCCUUGCUUACUUAUACUAUCUUAGACGCCACUGACCUUUCUUUUAUUCGAAUUAAUUCACAUACUGGAGAGAUUAAAACAGUACGACCAUUAACUGAGACAGAUGAAAAUACUCACACUAUUAUGGUCAUGGUUAAAGACAAUGGCGAACCAGCUUUAUCAAGUACAGCUACCCUCAUUAUGCAUUUUGAAGAACCUAUUAUUGAUGAAACUCUGGAAUCUCAAGACUACCAGACAACAAACAAUGAUCAAUCUGAUUUGACAUUGUAUUUAAUAAUAUCUCUUGCGGCUAUAAGUGUAGUAUCACUUGUGACCUUCGUUGUUUUAACUAUCAAGUGUUUAAGAACAGAGAGUAGUCAAUGUAUGUGCAGUUAUGUGAGUGAUAUGCAGUGGGUUUUAUACUGAUUUAUGAGUUAUGACAUGUUCAUUUGCACUAUUUCCAGUGUAAAAUAGCAGCAAGAAAAGCUAUCAACCUUGUUGUUAAUUCUCAACUUUCCAGAUCUUUAUAUUUAGAUUCUUGGAUCUAUAAAAAAAGAUACAUUUUGUUUUGGUUUGGUGGUAUAUGUGGAUGGGUAAAUCUUCUUUGAAUUUGGUAGAGUAAUUUCUUCCAAAGUAUACAAUUUAGGUUAACAAAAGAAUGAAUAUUUUUUUCUUUAGUUCACUUUGAAUUCUCAUAUGUUGUCAAGAUUUAAGUUGGUUUUAGCCAGCAGAAUAGCAGCAUUAACCAGGUUGAUAAGAAAAGAAAGAAACAAGUGCAUACAUUCAGCAUGAUGCCCAACAAAGCACUGUGUUAUGACAAAACAGUAAAGUUAAGUGAACCAAAUGAAGAGCAGAUUCAUAAUGCACAAGAUGUCCAAUCUGAUUAUUAA